CAACAAAAAACAGACGCGCAUCAGCCUGUAGAUGAAACAACUGUGUCCAGGCUACUUGUCUAUUGAUUUAACUUUAAACAUCUGUCAGCGCGGCCUCAUUCUGAUCGGUUGAAAACUUCAAAUCAUGGACGCGGAUGAAUACAUAACUCCUGGUGGGAGAAGCGUAGUGGAGUUCUCUACGUUCGAGGAUUACCUGAACAGCCAGGUGUCUAAAUCCGACCUGGACUACCUUGAAGAUGCUCACAUUGCCAGAAAACUUGUCGAGCUGGGUUUCCGUGGCUCUCGCGAUGGCUUCACACAGGACGAGUUCUACAUGCUCAAAAAUAAAUUUGAGAUCAGCAAGGCUAUACGUAAUGUGAAAAUUUUGUUAAGCGCCGGCAAAACGUACGAGGACGGCUUUUUGCGAGCUAUGCAGAUGAGAGAGGAGGGAAACAGAAACGGGAAAAACGCGUCCAUCUUUUACGUCAGAACAUACAACAAACAAGGUCAAGAGAUCUCGGCCUAUAUAGAUUACGCCUACAGGUUAGCAACAGAAGAUUUCCGUCCCAUCUUCAACAUGGAGAAAAAGUUUGAGCCGCGCGUCACAGACCUGAGCUAUUAUAACUGGGAAACGACACAAAUUUCUGGAUGUAGCUCUCCCAACUACGAGGUUGUCGCCUCCAACCCCCGCGGGAUGGUUUUCAGAAACAAACGGGAUGGCAAAUCUGUCAACCCCGACUAUGGCACUCCGUUCGGCGACAACUCGAGCCGCACCAACAUCUGCACUGACGAGUACCUCAGUGCUUUCGUCAUGGAUCACUAUCACCGACGUUAGAGCCGGCCUCUCACCUUUUUAUUUUUAUUGGAGUCGAUAGCGGCCGUCAUCAAUACAUCACACAUUAUGGCUUAUGGACACAAGAAUAAACAAACAAAAUAUAGUGUAUCCAAUGAGUGGUAUAUGUCAUCUAGAUAAGUGGUAGCUGUCAUCUAGAUAAGUAGUAGAUGUCAGCUAGAUAAGUGGUGUAUGUCAUCUAGAUAAGUGGUAGAUGUCAUCUAGAUAAGUGGUAGAUGUCAACUAGAUAAGAGGUUGAUGUCAGAUAGAUAAGUGGUAGAUGUCAACUAGAUAAGAGGUUGAUGUCAGAUA